CUUAUCCGGGUCUAUAAAGUAAUUCGGUGACGAGCUAAAGUGAUUUCGGUAGCAAUAAACCCAGCAUGACCAAAGGAUGAGAUUGCAGAGGAUGGCAUGAUUGCUUCGACUCGGGAUUGACAUCAAUGUGAGGUCUUCCGACCAGGGGGAAGGAGCGAAGAUCUUUUUGGCAGAUUUUGUGACAACCGAGUAUCCAUUCCUGUUGAACUUUACCGUGCGCAUGCGUUAAAGUCAGCAAGAACUAUUACAGGGAUAGAGUUUCACCUUUAAAGUUUCCCUUCUUCCCCAUGCCCUCGACAUCCGUUGGAGGGCAGCAGAUGGGAACUAACUAAUUGAACGAUCAAAUCACCUCUGACCUAAAGAAUGAAUAAUUUAAGUAUUCUUUUUACAUUAUUAUUUGGCAGGUGAACGGUUUUAGUAGCAAAUGUCGGCCUGGCCAUUUUGUGGCAUGAAAAUGCGCACGUUGGCGUUUAGAUACUUCAUUCCCAAUCGAAGCUAAUAUUAGUCGGAAUGUCGAAAGAAGAAUGCGUGGCAGCGGUGAUUGCGGUCUCAUUAAUUGGAAUGAUCGGAGGACAAACACUGAAUAACGAAUUAUAUUUCUCCAGAUUACAUCCGAUUCAGCGACGAGUGACAGAACACGAAGCGGCUGUAAUGGAUGUAUGCGGAUCGACACAGAGCUUCGAGAAGAUGGGAGUGGCCGUUAAUCAACAAUUGCAACAAGUUACAGUUCAUCCAGACACUUGGGUCUUCGUUACUCGAUGCACGGCCGUAGGCAAACCCUGUCGCGGCGUUAAAGAUAAUAUGAAUUCCGUUUGCCGUCCUAAGAAGUCAUGGGUUCAAGUUUACGGUCGAAGCGACGGAGAUUCGUGGCAACCUCACUGGGUGGCCGUAGACACGGCCUGCGUUUGUUCUCUCCAACUGAAGCCCUCGGCCAAACUUCAAUUCUUACCCUAAAAUAAUUAAUGAUUAUUUAUUUUAAAGAGGAUCGUUUAUUGUAACUGUGUAAAACGACAUAUAAAACACUAUAACAGAAAUUCAAAAUGAUUUCAUGUCUCAGUUGUCUUUUAACAAACAGCUUCCUUUGUUCCUUCGCUUAAGUGUAAAUUUGAAACUUUCCCUAUUAUCGACGUCUGCACUAUAUUAAAAAAGAGAAAAUCGUAUAGGACCCAUAACUGAUAAAAUUUUUCUGGCCAAGAUGAUUUUGGGAAUCAAACAAAAAUAUGUGAAUAAGGAUAUUUAAAGAAGUAUUAAAUGCGUUAUUUAUGUCCAAAGAGUUUAUAUGAAAUAGUUUGAAUUUAAAAUAUUCCCUAAUAAAG